CCCCCUCAGCUUAGGUUCCCGCAGGCCUCGGGGGCCGCGGGGGCCGCGGGGGCCUGGCUGCACGUUCCCCGGUGGAGCUCCGCGGCACGGGUCGGUGAGACGUUGGCGGGGUUUCGCUGCGGGGCGGAAGAGGUGUCUUUCCACUUCCUAAGCCCGCCUCGGGUCGCGAUGUCGUCCGGGGCCGGGUCUCGGCGGCCGCGGGAGCCGCCGGAGCACGAGCUGCAGCGGCGGCGGGAGCAGAAACGGCGGCGGCACGACGCGCAGCAGCUGCAGCAGCUCAAGCAUCUGGAGUCCUUUUAUGAGAAACCUCCUCCUGGGUUUAUAAAGGAGGAUGAGACGAAGCCAGAAGACUGUAUACCAGAUGUGCCUGGCAACGAACAUGCCAGGGAGUUUCUGGCUCAUGCUCCGACUAAAGGACUGUGGAUGCCCCUGGGGAGAGAGGUCAAAGUUAUGCAAUGUUGGCGUUGCAAACGGUAUGGCCAUCGAACAGGCGACAAAGAAUGCCCUUUCUUUAUCAAAGGCAACCAGAAGUUAGAACAGUUCCGAGUUGCACAUGAAGAUCCCAUGUAUGACAUCAUUCGAGAGAAUAAAAGACAUGAAAAGGAUGUAAGGAUCCAACAGUUAAAGCAGUUACUGGAGGACUCCACCUCAGAUGAAGACGAGAGCAGCUCCAGCUCCUCAGGAGACAGAGAGAAGCGCAAGAGGAAGAAGAAGAAGGAAAAGCACAAGAAACGGAAGAAGGAGAAGAAAAAGAAGAAGAAACGGAAGCACAAGACUUCCAAGUCUAGUGAGAGCUCAGACUCAGAGUGACAGCUGGUGGCAGCAUCCUCAGCACCACCCACAGGCCAAAGGACAGAGUGGCCGAGAGUGACAGACAGGACACCUGGCACAGCCUUGUGCUCUCACCGCCUCCUGGUACAGGUGGGCUCCCAGGUGCGGCUACCUGAGGCACCCGUGUCCUCUCCCCUGAUGGUCACUUGUGUCUGGAUUGCUUUAAUAGGCCGCCGCAGUGGGAGGCGAUGAAAAGACUCUGAAGUGCCUUCCAGGGCACUGCCACAGCGUUGGCCCUCCAUGGUGUGGCAACUCAUUUUCCAUGAACUUAAGGCUUCACCCUUCUCUGGUUUGAGAUAAUAAAUAAAAGUUCAUGUUUUAUUUUUUAAAUGUCGUCAUUAUUAAUACAGACAAGUCUAAACGCUACAUACUCCUUUUUGUCACCCUAAUUCCAGUUGUUUGUUUGCAUUGAAAUUUUUCAGAAAUAUCUCAUGUAGACCUAAGUGUAUACACAUGCCUCCAUUCCCAGCUCUGGAGGAGACUGAUACAGAAAGACUGCCAAGUUCACGGCCAGCCCAGGCUAAGUAGCAAGACCUUUAUUUUUAAAGAAAAGAUCUCAUAUGCCACCAACAUGAUAUAUAGGAUGUUCUGUUUCAUUUUGAGACCGGGCCUGACUAUAUAGUUCUGUCUGGCCCAGAGCUGGCUAUGUAGACAGGCUGGCUUUAAAGUCAUAGACAUCUACCUACCUGUUUCCUAAGUGCUGAGAUUAAAAGCAUCUGCCACUAUGCCAGUGCAUACAGGACGUGUGUGUGUGUGUGUGUGUGUGUGUGUGUGUGUGUGUGUGUGUGUGCCCGAGGACAACCUCAGAUAUCACUCUUAGAUGUCCUUACUGACCUGCAGCUCAGACUGGCUGGCCAGUGAGGCUCAGGGAUUCCCCUGUCUCCACUUGCCUAGCACUGAAUUACAAGUACACACCACCAUACUUGGCUUUUUCACAUGAAUCAUGAUGCUUUCAAGACAAGCACUCAGAGACUGAAUUGUAUCUUCAGCCCUAGGGCUUUUUCUAUACAAAUGCCCUGACAUGCUAACUGAUGUGUUUUUGGCUUUUUAAAAUGAACAAUCUGAAAAGGACCCUUGUAGUGUCAACUACUUGCUGCCUUGUAAGUGUAAGCUUGGCUGGCACUACUGUCACUACCCAGCAUGCCACCCCUUUUUAAAGUAUAUUCCAUUCUAUAAAAAAAGGUGACCACAGUGGUACACACCUUUAGUCCCAGCACCUAAAAGGAAGGGGUGUAAGCAGAAAUCCAAGUUGGAGAUCAGCCUGGCUGCCAAGUGAGAUCUUAUCUCAAAAAGGAAACCAGCCUGGUCUCCAUAGCAAGUUCCAGGACUACGCAGGAAAAUCCAAUGAUGACCUCUGGAGUGUGGACUCUCUCCCCUCUGCUCGGACACUUUUCGAAAGUGACAGGCCUGGGGCUGAGGCUGCCCACCUGUGGUGCAAAAACACUGUCACUGCAGCUCCAGAGAUCAAAGGACUGAUACUCAGCUAAUUUCUGCCAGAACUCACACUUAAAGUUCCUGCUGUAAACAGAGUUUAAGACAUUAUGUCUGCUAUCUUGUUUAUGUUAAAAGUUUGAUUGUUGUAGUUUCGUUUUGCCUUCUACUAUAUAAACACACUGCAUCCUAAGUAAAGCACACCUUGAUACAUC